AUGGAUGCGGACUAUGUUGUACAUUUCAUGAGGAGAUGUGGUAAACGGCCAGGUAAGAUGCUAUGUGAAUGGACAUUGCGCGGUUAGAGGCGUGCACCUCUAACUAACAGGUCGCGAGUUCGAGCCUCGGGUGUUGCGCACUUCGCGGUUGGGUAUGACUGGCUGACGACGGCUAAUAAGCCAGAAAUGUCCAUUCCAGUCUCCUUUGUCUUUGUCGGUAAUAACACACUGCCUAUACCAGGCAUUCUUUUCUGUGCGACACAAGGGAUCCGUUCAGAUAUAGUAUUACACUAGUUCGUUAAUUGUGUGUAAGCAGCACUACGCAUCAAGCUUAAGAAAUCGCAAAUGUGAUAACCCCAAAAAGGAUUGCCUUUCGAUAUUUUAGCCACCUUUCUUGGCGGUACGAGAGUGAUUUUAGUGUAGUACAAUCUCAAGGUAUUUCAGCUGUUUUAGGGUGCCUCUUUGGACGUGUUUUCGGUCACGGGAAUAAUCUAUGUUUAGUAUUGAAGACUAUUUAACCGGUUUUAUUUUUUUCCAAUUAGUCUUCAAUGCAAGUAAAAAUCAAACGUUAUUUUACAAAUGAAAUUAUUUACCGCAGCUUUGUUAUUGCAAGUUACGUCUAUUUGAGAAUAUUUGCAUUCUUAGAAUUUCCAUAGACCGUGAAAUUUCCAUUAAAACGCCCUCCCAUAUGUCUGUUUAUUAAGGCUGUCUGUGAAAUACACAACAAGAUCCACGCCCAUUGAAAAAUUUAGACAGAAAAAUUUGGCCUCCUCUUAAAAAUGGGGGGAUAUAUGGUUCACCGUGCGCGCAAAGUACGCAGCAUGUGCGGUAAAUGUACAUCUCCAUGAAAUGUUGACUACUUAAGUAGGAUUGUCAUGUUACAUACCAUUUUUCAAAAUACCAUGAUAUCCCGAUAACUUCAGGAUGCUUCAUAUCGACCCCUUGCUUACGACACAUUGCGUAAAAACUGGCUAUUUAUGUAGAACUAAUUUCACCAUUUAAGUUAUAUGCCUUCAGAAUGUUAUAAUCUAUUUUAUAUAAACUAUAGAUAGAAUGAUUCCUUCUUCUAGUUACGUAGCAGUAAAUAACGUGUUCUUUAAAGUUUGGAUUUGAGGAAAGGGCACAGUUAGCCCAAAAUAAUUUCCAAACUAUGGGAUUUUUCCAGACCGUGAAAUGUUUAGUCGUACUAUGCAGGACCAACAUAUUUAGUAGUGUAACGUACAGUGUAAAAUAUGAGCCACAUAUAUUCUCUUCAUAAUAACAUAUAGAAAUGUUUGAUGUUUCUUACACAGACGAUAAUCCUUUUGAAGUUUGUAAAUCUUGGAUGCAAUUGUUGUGGUAGACGUGGUUCAAAUUUAUUCGAAAAUCGAUAACGUUUUUACAAGCGUGAUAUAAUGUUCACUUCAAUAUAAAAUUAAUAAUGGACUUAAAUUUUUGACAAACAAGCAGAAGUUAGAAUAUUUUUGUGCAGGUUUUUAUAAAAUAUAUUUGGAUUUAUGAGGGUAACAUAAAUCAGUUAAAAUAAUUUAUGGUUACCGAGUGGUCGGAUUUUACUAAAAAAUGGUUUAUGUGAACCAACAUCCUCGCCUGGCAAGAACAGCUCAACAUUAUGCUACCAAAUAAUUAGCAUGACAUUUCACCUUAAGUAAUCUCUUGCAAUCGGAAACACAUUUUAGAAUCUCACUCACGUUUUCCCGAGAUAACAUAUUUGUAUACAUGAACGUAAAUGUAACCGAAAAUCGGAUACAACAUUUAAAUGAAUUGAAAAAGCUCAUUUUCAACCCAAAUGCACCCUAUCUUUAUUUAUGCAGUGUGAAGAAAAAGUACUUCCUGCCCAAUAUACAGAAGGACGAAUAAAUGUGUACUUGCUUUGUAUUAAAAAUAUUUGGAUUUGUUUUAAAGUCCAAAAUCGGUGGACAUGUUUUAACUGGCCGCCAAAAGUAAGCCUUUUAAAAAGUCGGCAUCCUAGCGCAAAUAAAAUAUCAUAGGAGUAUGCCGAGCGAUAUAUAAUAUUUCGAACCCACCUCAGCAAUCCUUUCUAGUCGAGGGCACAUUUCAGAAAUUCGACUAAAGUUUCAUUAAAUAAAUCGGCUGUUGCAAUAUCGAAGACAACACUAUAUAUUCUGCUUUAAUGACCACAAUUUGCGGAAUUCACUGCAUUUUACGUUCUAACCAAAAUGUCUUCUAUUUCUGAAUAUGCUGUUAGCUGAAGAUUCACCUAAGGUUUAGCACUUUGGAUGAGUGGAUUGUUGUGGUCAACAUUUAGUCAACGUCUCACCGGAGGAGCUCAACUGUUGAGGAGGUUUUGCAACUGUAUCUGAAAAUGAAUUAAUGCAUCUCAAUUAUGAACAUGAAAAAAAUAACAAACCUAAUGUUUGUUACUUUAUUUAUUUGGAUUUUUGAAUGGAAAGUUAUAAAGCUUAGACUUACACGUUUACAUAUGCAUAUAAGUCAUCAAAUGAGAAUAGGAUGCCUCGUUGGACCACUCAGGCAUGCUUGCAAAAUUGUUCCAUCCUGGGUUGGUGGCCGUAAAAAGCGCUGAAAUUGAUUUUCUGCCGAUAGGCGACAUAUGCAAAGAAAACUAUGUUUAAAUUAUUUACCAAAGCCAAAAUAAUGUGCAUAUUAUUAUGAUUCAGGUUAAUAUACUAUGAAACGCGCUUCUUGCGCUAUACUAACCAUGUCUGCCGCUUUUCACUGAACUUAAAAAACGUCUGGUUGUUAUUUAUAACACUGAGACUAACAAAUGGUGAAGGACACCAAGUAGAUCUCGCAUAAAACAUCAGCUGCUAUACUUAUUUAAGUAGGUCGCUGUUUGCUUAUUAUUAAUUGAUACAUGAAGGUUGCCCUCUGUUUCGCUGACCACGAUAUUCCGACUCCUCUUGGGUGCUGAGAAGCGAUCAGAUCGCUUCGCCUCUCACCCCUACCAUUGCCAUUAGGGCAUGGCAUAUGGAAGUUGUUUGAAAAAACAAACGAAGGCAAAAUCUUUAAAUUCUCAUUAAGUUGAAAAUUGAAGAAGGAGUGAGUUAUUUACUAGACUAUAUUUAAAGGACGAUAGACUGGAGAAUUUUGUGUCAUGUUUGAAACAAAAAAUUAUUCUCUGCAGAAUAGACUUGAACUGACUUAGAUAUUAUGCUACGCAUUAGGCCUGAGUGCUGUAUAUUUAGUUCGCGAAAUUUUCUGUCUUCUAAAGUGAGAUUAUUAUCCGAGCGCAUUCGAUACUGUCCAUACUUAUUAAGAACGUUUAUCAGCGUCUCUCACGUCCCGUCUACGGGAACUGCGUGCAGGACAUCCUUGACUGCCAUCUGCGCCUAUUCAGAGGUUUUAGUUAGAUAGCAGCUUCGUCACGGGAACGGUUCUGUGUGCCAGUCGGCACCAAUGAUUGAAUAGACGCUGAUAUUUCUCAGUAGUUGCGUCUCUUGCAGUGCGCGAUAAUUCCCCAGCAAAGUAACCAUAGCCCGACUGAAGUGGCUAGGACAUUGAGCUCUCCAUGUGGAUUCAGCGCAGAUAACCAUCGUGCCGUGAAGAAACCUGCAAUUGGAGUUUAGAAUUCCCAGGGAUAAGUUCCUGCUUUUAGCUCUAACAACAUGACUGUGGUGGCACUUCAGGCAGAAGUCCGCACCCAGCGUAGGCAUGCAUGCUUUGUCGCCUUUGCCUUAUUCAAAUUAAAUUAUUUGCUGGCCCUUGCACAUAGUCUUGUCUUAAAUCUGCGGAUUUCUAUGAGUAAAGAACUACACGAAGGGGCAAAAAAUGUUCACAUGCUAGGGCUUUUGUUUUCGAAAAGAAGACGAGGCGAUUGGGACAAAACUGUGCUUUAUGUGCAGAAGUCAGGCGUCAUGACUCAGAGCAGACAUUUUACUCCUGAUUUUGUGAUCUGCUUUGUGAUGGUGAGGCCGUGCCUUAUGUUUGGCGCCAUUACAUACUAGUUGUGCAUACCGUUAUUGAUAAAAUGAAUCCAGCAAUACUUAAAUCAAGCGUUAAUUGUAAGCAAGGAAGGUUAGAAAGUAGACAUUACCCGCGCGCCGGACAUUUUCUUUGAAAAUAAGCUGAAAUGAUUGGAAAAAUACUGUGUUUUAAGUGCAGACCUUAGGCAACACGACUCGGGGGAGGCAUGGUGCAUUCUGUUUGGCAUCAUUGUCACUUAGUUGUGCAAUCUGAUAUGACAACUUGAAUCCAGCACUUCUCGCGGUUUUUGACACGUUGAUUUUCAAAGUCUAACAAACCGAGGACUCCGAAGUAAGCUACAGAAGGUGGGCUAAAUCCUGAAAUAUCAACCGAAAUUCAGAAAUGCGUUUUUGCUCCAAAGAGAUUAAUUAAGUAGGAUUGUAAAACAGGUCAGUCUGCAACAUAAUUCCAAAAUAUUGCAGUUACCUCAGGAAGCCAUAUUUCGAAUGAACGCCCUUAUGGCUGCAUGCAAAAACUACAUUCUGUAAAAAACGACUACGUAAGCAGCACACAUUUUUCUCAUUGAUUUUUGAUGCCCCAACAGUCCAAUUAUAUUUCUUGGAAAACAUGCACAAAAAUAUCAUUAUUUUACUCAUUCGGCCGAUACUUAAAUCUUCUUCCAAUCUCAUACUCGUAAGAAGGUUAUAAUUCGGUUUUCAAGAACCCUUAAAAUUCCGAAUAAUUGUGAACCCACUCUACCGUUAUACUUGGAUUCAGAAUUUCCAAACUACAAGCCGUACAUUUUCCGCGUACGAAAAACCACACGCUUCUAUAUGACAAUAAAGGGGAACCAUAUAGGGUUCAUAAAAUUUGGCAGUGUAUUUGAUCCAUAUUGUUAACUUUACAAGCCACAUUGGUAAAUAAACAGACAGGACGAUUUAUGAACGGCCAUUUCAUGGCAUUUAAAAGUCCCACAAUAUGAAAAUUUUUAAAACCCAAUUCUGACCCUCCCUCGUGUAUAAAAUUAGAAAACUUAAUUAUCUACCUAAUAAGAAAAAUAAUGAAUAGUUUCAUGCAUAUUUUUAUAAAAAUAUAAAUGAAUUUAAAGGGUGUCAAAAAUCAAAGAGAAAAAGUUAUGCUACUUAGGUAGGCCGCAAGGAGGUUCCCUCGAAAGCCGGCAUCCUAAUGUAAAUGAAAUAUUAUAGAAUUAUGUUGCAGGCUGACCAGUUUUACAGCCCUACCUAAUUAAUCGUUUCGGAACAAAAACGCAUUUCUGAAUUUCAGUUGACAUAUCAUGAGUUUGCCCACCUACUGUACAAACUAAAAUGUAACUGGAAAAAAACGAAACUCCGAGUUAUGAAACUUCACCCUCUGCUCUCUGCAAAAGCACACCUGUUGAAGUUGUGAGGACCUUGAAAAGUCGAGUGUGACAUACACGCCAUUCACGCGUUAGGGGCAUGAAAACAUAACACCCUGCAAAACAUUUGACCAAUGGUGUUAUUGGUGUGGGAUGGUCGAGAUCUUGAGACUUCCCAAAUAAGAUGUCAGGCGAGACAAAAUUAUUGGAUGGGCUUUACUGAGUGCAAAGAGCGUGCAGAAUGCCGAGUAGGCAAGGGCAGUCAGUGCUCUCGACAGGCAAUUUACAGUCAUUGGGAUUAUUGACCCUUCUCAGGUGUGAUGCGCGUUCGCACGCCUGAAGGUUAUUCGACUGCAGCCAAUCAACAAAGGACGUAAUGUAGAUUGACCUCGAGCUCUCGUCACGCUAGCGCCAAGUCAUUGUCGGCUCAUGCGAUCGAUUAACAGGAGACGGGGGAAGGACAGGAAACCUGCGUGCAUCCCGCCGGCGACUAUGGGAACGAAUUACCUCAUGACUAUCUAUUAUGCUAACAAAGUUAACGACUCCUGGUUUGCGAUAUUUAAACGCUAAAUGGUUAGAUUUUGGGGAUCCGUCAUUUACUAACUUUCACCCCUGUAGACUCUUUUCCGAUUAAACAAUUUGUCUUUUUAGCACGAAUUGAUUAAUACGAAUUGUGCGUAUUUCCUUGCCCCUAUUUGGUUCUAAUCCGUUUUCAAUUAAAUACUCUAGGAAACCAGUUUAUUUGAAUGACACUAUACGAGUCAGAGACAUGAUAACAUCAAAAGAAUAUGCCACCUGCGAAUCGCUUUUUUACUACUAUUGACAAGGUAACAUAUUCACGUCUUAACGCCUACUACUUCCCUCCAGCUUGGAGAUUAAGGAUAGGCAAAAUAUAGCGCUAUAAAAAGUCACUCCUUGACCAGUAUAGCAUGAGUACACUUACAAACACUGACUUGGUUAACAAUGAACGCAGCUUUAAUUUGCACUCCUCACGCCAGAAGACUUACCGUCGUUUGACAUCGCGCAAUUAUUUUUUUUACGACACUUUAAAGCUGCGGAAAUUGAGUUUGGCUUUCCGGCUGAUUGUGGAGUUCCGGCAGUCCAACGGGAAUACAAAGAGGAGGCGACGAGAAGGAAAGUCAGCGCAACGCCCCACAGCUGGCCCUGGCAUGUUAGCAGCUUUCUGAUUUUACUUACCAGGCGUAAUAAUAAAAAUAACUAAUAAUUAAUCGAUCAUAAUAGUAGAGGUUUGUGGGUUGACUAUAAGUACCCUCAUUUGAUAUUUUCCAUUUUUUUGCAAAGAUCACUCUUGCUUGGCAAUUUCAAAACCAUUCAGAUCAGAUCAGAUUUAUUAAGGGAAAGGUAGGCGAGUGCCUUUGAACACCCUGUUUGUUACAAUAACGUCAUAAAAAACAAUGUGUAAGGCAUGAGUCAAAAAAAUUAGCUAGGUAAUUACAUACAACAAGCAUUGGUCACUGGUAUACAUUUGUCUGUGAAUGCCUUCUAUGUCAAAAUUGUACAAUAACCAGUACGGUACUGAAUGGACCAAGUAAUAUCGAAUCAAGCGCAUAUGCUGCGGUCAGGAGAUAGCGAAAAGUGUAAAACGUUAUGUUACUAAAAUGUAGGGAGUAGCAUGCUUUGUAACAUAAAACGUUGGGUGAGACGGGUGGUACAGGGGCACUCAAUGCAACCAGUCACUCAAUACAUACUACAUCUUUUUUCAAACUAUGUGUAUCGCAAUUAACUGGGGUUUUAAUUAAAAAUGCAAUUAGGUGUUAUUAAUCGGUAAAACGUGAACAUAGGGGACAUUACGAUCCACAUUCCUUUAACGCAUCUGCCCUUUCAAAUUAAGGCAGUUUGAAUAAAUUAGUCACAAUUCCAAAUUAUUUUCUUAUAAAAGACUUAAAUUGCGGAAAUUUCGAUCAGAACAAACAUUUGGCGCAAAAUGAGGUUUUUUGCUAGCAAAACACGGAAAUCUGUGUCCCUUGUCCUAAAUUACCGCCAACUUUUAGCCUAGCCUUAAUUAUAAAUGUCACCACAAUCCUAGUCUCAUUAGAAUUAAAGUAAGUGAGCUAACUCAUGAAUUGUCCAUCGGAAUCCCGAAGUGCGUUUUAGUUUCAAAAAGAUUAGUUAGGUAGGGUUGUAGACCUAAUCACCUUACAGCACAAUUCUAUAAUUACCUACUUAAAUCAGGAUGCCGGCUUUCGAAGGAACUUCUUCCCGAUCGCAUGCAAAAACUACACUAUGUGAAAAAUGACUACUUAUGUACCGUGCGUUUUUCUCAUUGAUUUUCUAUGUCGCUGAAAAUUCAAUUAUAUUUCAUGGAAAACGUGCAUAAAAAUAUUAAUUGUUUUGCUCAUUCGGUUGAAAAUUACGUCUUCUAAUUUUAUACUUGAAGGAAGCGCAUAAUCCGGUUUUAAAAUAGUUUCCAAUUUUGAGAUUUUUUAAUGCCGUAAAAUAGCUGUUCACAAAACAUCAUGUCUCUGCAGUCAGCAAUGUGUAUUGUUUAGUGAACGAUAUGGAUCAAAUCCCCUCCUAGAUUUGAUGAACCCCAUAUGGUCACCUCUUAAUAUCGUAGACAAAUAUAUGUUUUCCCGUACGCGGAAAAUAUUCGGCUUGUAGAUUUGGAACUCUGGACGCAAGUUUAACGACAGGCCGGGUUCAAGCUUAUUCCGCAAUUGGAAAAAUUUUAAAACCAAUGUAUACACUUCCUUUGCGUGUAAAAUUGGGUAAAGAAGUAAGUUUCUACCGAAUAAGCAAAGGAAUGAAUAUUUUAUGUGUGCCUUGCAUGAAAUAUAGUUAAAUAUUUAAGGGUAUCGAAAGUCAAUGGAAAAAUGCAUGCUACAUAAGUGGUUAUUGUUUACAGAGCUUGGUUUUUGCAUGCAGACGGAAAGAAAUUCAUCCAAAAGCCAGCAUCCUGAUUUAAGUAAAUAAUUAUAGAAUUGUGCUGCACGGUGAUUCGUUUUACAACUCUACUUAAUUACUCUGUCCGAAACUGAAACGCAUUUGGGAAUUUCGGUGGACAUUUCAUGAGUUAGUCCAUCUACUGUAGGCGUAAAACUGCCAAUAUCAUCCUGCGCCUCUAUUCUCCUGCCAUUGACUAGUUUACUAUUUCAGCAACCUUAAGACUCCAUUUUUAUUGUCUUGAAAGACGCCGUUAAUGGCAUUGGACCUUAGAGAUUAUUACCAUUACACAUAGAGCAUUAUUAUUCAAAUAAGUAGAUAUGACAUGUGAAUACAGCUAAUUGAGGAUUUCUACAGUAAUGUUUCACCCAUUAUUUAAUUGUCACAUACUAAUGCAUAGUCUCCCAAAUUUGUAUCUAUAUAGGAAUUAAUUUGCAGAUGGCGCAAUGUCUGCAUUUAGAAGUUUCAAAUAAUAUCGACUCAAGCGUCCAGGUCUGAUAACGAUGUGAGUAGUUUCCUUGAGUACGCAUUUCAAUGAGUGCCGCGAGACCAACCGCCAAAUAAACCGCCACUUUUGCAUUUUCUUGAAAUUAGGCAACAUGCAAAAAGAAUGGGGGGAAGAGCAAACGUGGUCUCAAUAAAGAAUAUGACGUAUGAAUAUACAUCAAGUAGUGCGAGUUUGUCUAACUUAUCUGCUAAAGACAGCAUAACGGUGUAUUCUGUCUCACGGUUGAGGCAAAUACGAGGGUAUACGACAAAAAAUGAGAAUCAAUUUCCGAAUGCCAGCGGAGUGGCAGUGCUACCUCUUACUGCUAAUCAAGUUAGCUGAACAUUCUUUCGCCUCGGCUGAUCAAGUAGUCUUUAUAAAAGGAACAUCACGACGAACCGACAGAUUGUUUGAUUAAACCCUCCUUCCAAAGCUCUCUGGGCGUUUUUGCAGAGCAAGCAAAAUACAUGGUGGCUUACACUUUGAACAUUCACGUCUAUUUUGUUCCCCAUAGUGGGGCAAUAUUAUUAUCUGUAGGUGCUUAAACGUUUGCGUAACUCAAUGAGAAAAAACGGCGAUCGGGAAGUGGUUGCGUCAGCAUGACAAUGCGCCUGCCCAUACAGCAUUCAUGAUUGACCAGUUUUGUGGCAAAAACAGCACGGCGACUGGCUGUCACCAAUUUACUCGCACGAAGAAGACUCCUGCGACCUUAUAAUAUGUGAAGAAGAAAAGUCGAGCACCGAAACACUGUGUUUAUUGUCCCGAGCUUUCAGACUCUUACAGGGAUCCAUCGUCAGAGGUAAUAGCAGCAACAAACCAAGCGACAGUUAUAAGGCACGUAGGCCAAUCAUCCACCGACGGCCCAAGACUGGAGGUGACUACGCAGGGCUCUUUCCGCUGGCAGCAGAUCGAUCAAUCGAUUGACCGAGUUCUCAUCCGAGACCCAGACUUUGAUCAAUUCUCGGCCUGUUUGAUUCCGGCGUGGGUGACUAUUUUGGUGGCUGCGAAAUUAAACUCGUGUUCCGGUGCUCGACUCUUCUUUUUCACUAAUGCAUACACCUGGAACUCGAAAUUUCGACUUUUGCUUCCCAAAAAGGAAGCAAAACCGAAAGCGUAGGAAAGGUUAACAGCAAAUCACUGGAGGCCAUGAUAAAAAAUUUACAUUUCCUUGGUUAUGAAAAAACGGCCAACAAGUGGGACAUGGGUCCACCGAAGUGCAAAACGCAGAAGCAUUCGCCUAUGAUGAUCGGAAACGAAUCUUCUAUCAGCCUGUAUGCGGUUGGUCUGCUAUUUCAGAAUGGAAUUUAUCGUAAACGACAGUCAGCGACUUACCUAGUGAAAUGUCAUUUGCAAUUAUUUGAAGAAGAAGAAGGGCUCACCGCAACAGGUUUAUUUGAUGCUGACGUUUGGAAGAGCUUGAUCGGCUCUCCAUUGUCAAAGCGUAAAAUGCACUUAAUCGACAAGAAAUCCCAGGUGGCGUGUCACGUUGCUCGGCUGAUCGAUUUUUCUCUCCUCUCGCUGCCUCGGCCUCUCGGAGGAUGUUUGACGGGCGUUUUGUCUGCGUGCGUUGUGAGUCCCUACUCCGUGUACGGGGAGUUGAGUGGACGAGUGUCGGGUGAUCGAAACGUCAGCAUCUAAAUAAACCUCUUCCGGUGCGUCCAUCUUUGUCUUCAAAUAAUCAACUCGGAUCUCCCAACUUUGCCAAUUUGCAAUUAUGUAAUGAGCUUUUGAUAAGGACGAAGUACUUUAAAUUGGGCUAUAAUAUCGACAACAAUUCUGUCGCAAAAUCUGAUGUUAUGUAACGCUAAAAGGUUGACGCUUUCUGUUCGUUUUUUUCAAGGUUGGAUUAUGGUCAGAGCGUGUCGGGUUCUACCCCUAUUGUGGAGGGACACUGAUAAGUCGCUCUCUCGUCCUGACGGCGGCGCAUUGCAUCGUCACACUUCCUGAUCUCAAUGAGGCCUCAUUUGGAAAUGUCAUUGAGAUGACGGCUGUGCUGAGUAAUCGACUCUAUGUACUUGUCGGCGCCCACGAUUUCACGAGAGCGGACACUUCUCGCCAGCUACAUAUCGUGAAGUAUGCGGUGCUUUAUCCAAAGCAAAAUUACAGCACGGUCGGAGUGGGCUACGAUAUCGCGUUACUGAAACUUUAUGAGAAUAUAUAUCCAGGUUUGUGAUCCUGCUGUUCAAUGGAAAUACUUUUAACGUUUGCUUUAACCAGUAAAGUUCUAGGAUCUCCAAGAUAUGCCUACAACUUCAGUUUAAAUCAUUUUCAAUGCAUUAUUCCUAUAAAAGCAUUCAUGUUUCCUGCAGACUGAAAUAUUUGCUCUGUGUGCCUUAACGCAUUUAUUUCUCAUUUUGCCUUCGUGAGUGCAGCUCUCUAGGCAUCAGUAUGAUCACUUUCUUGUUUCCCUGCUAAUUUUUUCAAGAUGCUUACAUCCGGCCGAUUUGCUUUCCGGACGGAAGUGUUGAGCUACCUUUGGGCGCAACCUGUUAUUACGCCGGCUGGGGAGGAACAUACACGGACGGUUUAGACGGAGAAGUAUUUCCGAAUACGCUCCAGGAAGCUGAAGUCCAGUUGGAUUCUGAUGAACGCUGCAUAAAUGCCUAUGGUCCUCAGUUCGCCAACAGCAAUUCAUGCAUACGGACAGAAGGCACGGUAAGUAACGCGACUGUACAAACGCUGAAAAAGAUUUAGGGUAUAUAUCUGUAAAACUAUACUGCUUCCAAAUCGCGCCCGUAUUCCGUCCGAAAAGAGAGGGCGUUUUGUAAGUAUUCAGAUCACGCAGUGCCUCCUGUUUGUUUCCUGUGUGAGACUUUAAAACUAGACGACAAAUUCACAAUACGCAAGAGCGUCAUAGAAACUUUAAAGACCCACGUGAAAUUUCUCAUACUAUCUUGUAGCGAAAAGAUGUAAAUAUCGUCCUUUUUCCUACCGACAAAGAUUUUACUGUUAUCAUGGACUGGACGGACUGCGCAGAGAAUAUCGCUUAGAUAUUAACAGACAACCCAAAUUACACUCCACUUACUACCGACGCCAUAAAGUUAAAGAACCCACAUAUUAAAAAAGUAUUGAAACGCAUCGUGGAAAGAAAUGUAAUUUCCUGAAUUUUUGUUAGAUCCUUGAAACAGGCGGAACCAAUGAUCGCCAAAGUAUACGGACACCAUAAGGUUCACAAGACUGGCAUUUUGCCGCUAUCGAUAGUCUCUGUAAUUGGUGUGCCAAACUUCGGGACUUUCAAAUGGUUGUUUAAUAAACUUUGUCGAAUUACAUGCAACUCAAAAACUAUAUUCUAGGCCCAUUGUAGUUCCUUGACAAAAAAGCUUUAAAAUUAUAACUGACAAUUUUAUUGCUUUCUUCACGUCUACUCGUUUAGACCUAGCGAAAACCUGCACCUCCAGCGAUAUGCCUCUAACCCCUGAUUAACCUCUUCAAUCUCAGUCCAAAAACAAACGUUUCUUCUAUCAGGCAAUACUAUUAAAAAUUAAAAGGCACCCCUGCGGCUUUACCAAUAUCUAGAAUUUUGCCAGAAACUGUAAUGCAGAAAUAGGAAGUUACGACUCCUACCACAGUUUCCCGAGAUCGUGCUGCGGCGUAAACAGUGCAAGGUGAAAGAUAAUUUUAGAACUACGACUAACCAGAGAAAAAUCGAACGUUCUAUAAAAUAUCGGGUCUGACCCUAAAAAUUCAUGUCACUUAACUCCAUGUCCUGCAUUGAAUAAUUUCUGAAAUUAUUCGCUUGAUUAUUCUCUGGAAUUCAUAUACCAGAAGUCGCCUAAAGAACGUUAGGUGACCCACUGAGGAGCGAACUCCUCGCACGGGCAGAAUAUCGGCGAAACAGGAGUCUGGGCUUUUAGUCAGUAUCUGUGUCUGGAGUACGCUGAAAUAGCUUUAUCUAUUUAUAUUUAUAUAGCUCGAUACCAGACAAUCUCAUUUGUCUUGAAUAUUUUGGGCAAAUGUCUCAUUGCCUAUACUUUGGUUUUUUGCUACUCUGGUCGGUGAUAAUACUUUUUUGCAAAAUGGUAUUCCUCAGUUAUUUUACAUUGAGUACUAUGACACAUCACCUAAAUGCAGGUUUCCUGUAGGCUUAUUUUGCCAUUUUAGAUCCCAGGCGAGGGAGACAGCGGCGGAGGAAUAUUCUGCCGCUUAAAGAACGACAACAGGUGGUUCUGGUAUGGACUGAUAGAAGGCGCUGCGAGGGAUCCCAGGGAAGACUGUGCCGUCAUCAGCAAAUUUAAGGCAGUACACACUUGGAUUCAAGCAACAGCAUUAUAUCUUGGUCUGUAA